AUGGCUGCUCUAAGAUUCGUGAGAUCAGUUCUGAAGUCUUUUCAAGAAUCAUCAGGACUUGAGCCGAGACUAUUUGGUGAAAAUCUUCGAGUCACAGGAGCCGAGCCAGGACGUGUAAACUUUGAGCUUGAUAUCAAGAAGGAGCACACCAACCGUUUGAACAUUAUUCAUGGAGGCACGAUUGCCAGCAUGGUGGACCUAGGUGGCUCACUAGCUGUUGCCUCGAGGGGCCUUUAUGCCACGGGUGUUUCUACUGAUUUGAACGUUACAUACCUCAACUCUGGCGGUAAAGUUGGAGAUGUGCUGAAAGCGGUGGUGACUUGCGAUAAAUUUGGAAAGACCUUGGCGUAUACUUCUAUUCAGUUUACAAAUAGCAAGGGCGAAGUAGCAGCACGUGGAAGCCAUACAAAAUACGUUGCGCUCGCGUGGAAAGAACCCAAAAACAUAGUUGAGGAACUGUCACCACGUCCUUAA